AGCCCGGGGCCAGAGGGACACACAGACACAGGGCUCCGGCCAGCGUGGACAAGGCUGGCCAGAGAUGCUGACACCCAGGGCCCUGGGGGUCCUGUUUCUCCUACUCCUCCUGCUCCGGGCCUCAGGUACGGAAAAUUCUGAGAAUGUGGAGAAACCAAGAAAUGUCUGUCUAGGGCUCAUCAACGAGGGCAAGUAUGAAUCCUUCCACUUGGGGAACACGGCCAGCUGCUUCACAAAGUGCAGGCAGUCGGGGAACGAACCUUGUGACCCAGAAAGCUUACAGAGAUACUGGCUGAAAUACGAGUUCUAUCUGGUGGAGAAUCAGACGGAGAUAGUGAAUAUGUCUUUUGUGAAGGCUGUUGUCCAGAAUGUCAGCACCAACAUCUCAGAAGACCUGCUCUUCUCCCUGACGCCUUCCCAGGUUCCAAGGCCAGUGAAGGAGAAUGAGCAUGAGCACCCCGACAGAGUCCGGCUGCCCCGGAGUCUCUUUGAAUCCCUGCAGGGCAGCAGGCCAGUGGUCCGGCUGGCCGUCACUGUCCUAGACAUCGGUCCGGGGAAUCUCUUUAAGGGCCCCAAGCUCAGCCUGGAGGACGGCAGCAGCGUGUUGAACAACCGCCUGGUGGGCUUGAGUUUGGGCAAUAUGUCUGUCAGCAGGCUGGCCGAGCCUUUGGAGAUCACCUUCUCCCACCAGCACCCGCCCUCUAACAUGACCUUCAGCUGUGUAUUCUGGGAUGUGACUAAAGGGUCGAGAGGAGACUGGUCUUCCAAUGGCUGCUCCACAGAGCUCGGCGCCAAGAGGACCAUCUGCCGCUGUGACCAUCUGACCUUCUUCGCUUUGCUGCUGAGGCCGAUCUUGGAUCGGGCCACGGCGCAGGCCCUCGUUCGCAUUUCCCAGGCUGGCUGUGGAGCCUCUAUGAUCUUCCUGGCCUUCACUGUUGUCCUCUACGCUGCCCUGAGGUUUUACCGGCAGCGGUUCAAGUCAGAGGAUGCCCCCAAGAUCCAUGUGGCCCUGAGCGUCAGCUUGUUUCUCCUGAAUCUAGCCUUCUUCUUCAAUGUGGGGAAUGGCCGUGAGCAGUCAGAUGCCACCUGCUGGGCACGGGGGGCCGUCUUCCACUAUUUCCUACUCUGUACCUUCACCUGGAUGGGCCUGGAAGCCUUCCACCUCUACCUGCUCGUCAUCAAGGUCUUCAACACCUACUUUGGACACUACUUCCUGAAGCUGAGCCUUGUGGGAUGGGGCCUGCCUGCCCUAAUCGUCAUCGGCACCGGGAGCGCCAACAGCUAUGGCCACUAUGCCAUCCGCGACAAGAAGGACAUGGUCACGCUGGAGCUGUGCUGGUUCCGUGAGAAGACCGCUGUCUCUGCCCUCUAUGUCACCGUCCACGGCUACUUCCUCAUCACCUCCCUCUUCAGUGCCGUGGUCUUGGGCCUAGUGGCCUGGAAGGUCUUCACUCUGUCGACUGCCACGGCAGGCAAGGAGCAGGGGCCAAACUGGAAGGGGGUCCUCACCGUGUUGGGCCUCUCCAGCCUGGUGGGCGUGACCUGGUGGCUGGCCAUCCUCACGCCCCUGGGCCGAUCCACCAUCUAUGCCUUCGCGCUGUUCAACUCCCUGCAAGGUGUCUUCAUCUUCUGCUGGUUCGCCGUGCUCUAUUUCCCAAGCCAGGCUGCCGUGUCCUCGUCUUCCGGCACUGCCAGAGCUGACCAGGUCCAUACCACGUCUCAUGAGUAGGGGUCUCCGUGUGCUCCCUGGACUCAGCUCCAACUCCCUGUGUGAACUCAGGCUGCUCCUUGCCUCCUUCUGGGCUUCAGUCUCUAUUUGUGCGAUGUGGCUGGGGAAAGGAGAUGGGGACCAGUUUGGACCACCUGGCCUCCAUGGUUCCAUCCACAUACUUCUCUGGGCCCUAAAGUCCACCAAUCCAGGACUCCAAGAGUCUGAAGACCGCUGCCAGCAUAGAGCGGUGCCCACUGCACCCCUACCCCACCCCCACCCGCCUUCAUAGCAAAGCAGCUUAUCUCUGCCAUUGGCCACCUCUGGUCUUAGUAACAGGGGACUCUGCUGUCAGAACUGCUCCUGGAAGUAGUCUCAGCCUCUCCCCUUCCUUCCUUACCCCCGCCCCGCCCCGCCCCGGCUGCCUGUCUUCAGGCACCGGGGCACUUGUGGACUAGAAGUGUGGGCCUAUCUAUGCAGAUGAGCCCCUGUCAGAGGGGGCCGCCCGCCCUCCAGUUGUCUGGGGACAUGGGAUUCCACAGAAUGCCACUUAUUCAGUAGUGGGUGUGAUACCAGAAGCAGGCUCCCCUCCCCACCCUGACUGCCACACACAUGGCCUGACCUCUGAUCUGCUGGGGUCGGGGGCAAAUGGUCCAGAGCUCUGCACACCCAAGGGCUGAAGAGCAGGGCAGAGGUGAGGGCUGGGCUGAGCGGAGAGAGGUCAGGCAUUUUCCCCAGAAUCUGAGCUCCUAUGAGCAGGCACGUAAGCCUUACUCACCAGUUCAGCCCAGCCCGGGCCUGGCACGUUUCAGGCCCCAAAUAAAUGUCUGUUGGUGUGAGUUUGGCAUCAGCCUGACAGGGUUCUGAGCCAGGGAAGGGUCUCAGGCCAGGCCUGGUCUGGGUCUGUGUCACCUCCACUAGCCGGGCCUCCCUUUCGCAACUGUCAUGCUGGUUUCCUCAGUAGGAAACAAAAGAGGCAGAGAUAAGAGAGAGAGAGCUAGAGAGAGGGAAUUAACAGAUAAACGAACACAAAGAAAAAAAAAGAGUUGAAGGAACAGAAAGCAGCCCCCUCACCUGCCCCACUGCCCACGAUCAUGCCCAACUCUAGCCUUGAGUUCCUAAACACUGGGGACAUCUCAUCUUCCCUGCUCACCCCCUCCCUCCCCCGUGUGCUUGGCCGGGUCAAGCACCUGCUGUAGGUGAGAAACCAUUAUUACCAGACUGUCCCCCACAGCCUCUGGGCUACCAGCCCAUCUCCUCCUCCCCCCCGGGGGCCUCGGCUGAGCGGAUCUCCUCCCCCCUCCCUCCUCCCACCCAACACAGAUGAAAGACAGGAAGACAGUGGCCCUCGCUUUAUGCAAGUCGCUGUGUUCCUGGAAGGGAAAUUCUAGGGUGUGGACAUUGCAUCAGCUGGCCCACAGUAUAUCAGUUUUUGUGGACAAACUCGGUGGGGUUGGGACUUACUUUCGCAGAUGCCGAUUUCUUACGCUGAACGGCGCAGAGUUUCUGAGUACACCCCUUUGUAUCACAAGCUCCUUCAUUGUCUGAUGGGCCUGGGUUCCAAUCCUGCCUCUGCCACUUAGGGGCUGUAUGAUGCGGGUCGUGUCACCUCCCCUCUCUGAGCCUCAGGUGCCCCAUCCACAGAAUGGAAAUCAUCGAGUUCUUGCCUCGACCUGAGAGCAUUAAGUGAAGUGACAAAAGUCAAGUGUGGAGUACAGACACAGCAGGAAUUAGAGACCCCUGAAGGUCACAGAAAGAUCAGAUGGAUCCUUGUGUGAAACAUGAGAUUUUGCACCUGAUAAGAGGGGUGUGAAGGUUCAAGACCCCUUCUAGCUUCCUCCUACAGCUCUGCCACCGGGCCCCCCUGUGUGGGGAGGAGAAAACAGAGGCAACCUGCCCUAGGCUACUCUCCAAGCUGGGCUGACACAGAGCAAGACUUCUGGGCUGCUGAUGUUUCCUCCGAGAGCAUUUCCUGGGUUCAAGAAUUAGUGACUUAUGAGUCUCAAGGGAAACCCUGGGCUCUGGCUUUCCCAGUCGGACGUGGGGGCAGUCAUACCAGAAAUCCCAAAUGUGCUGGAUUUGCUGGUGCAGUUGGAGAGGGAAGACGGGAAGAUGUGGUCAAUGGUGGGGAUGUGUUCCUUUUCCAGCUGGCUGUCUACCCCAAGACCAAGCAGGGGCAAGGGGGCUGGGGUCCCUCAUUUCUUGGGGUCACUGCAAAAGUGGCUCUGAGCGCCAAGCCGAGCACUUGCUAAGGCCAGGUGGAGCUACAGCAAAAAGGCACCUCAAGGCCCAGUGUGGAUAGAUGGGGUACCACUGUCCCCACGCCAUCACAGUAGCAGCAUAGGAAGUGGACAGCACCAUGGUAAACAGCAGGAAAUCUGAGGUCAGCCUGUCUGGACUAAAUUCUUCCUCUGCACCUGCCUUUCGGCCAGUUCCUCACCUACCUCCCCACAAAGCAGGGAGAGCAGUAACUGCCCCACGGACUGGAGGAGGCUUCAAGGAGAUGCUGGCCGAGAGCCCAGUGCCUGCAUCCCCGGCCCAACAUGAAAGUGACUAAGCCAGGGCUUUGCCUUGGCCGCCACCUUAUCAGGCCCAGGGCUGCGGUGGCCGUCUCUGUGCUGCAAGGAGGGGCCCCCAGCACCUCCGCGCCUGCCACCCUCCACCCCCCUCCCCCCGCGCACCUCCAUGCCUGGCUGCUCCUGUUCUGCCCCCGCAUCUUCAUUCCUUGUAUUUUUCGUCACAUUAUAACAAAUGUACAGGAAAUAAGACUUACUGGCCCCGUGCUCCCAGAUGGAUAACUUAAUAUCAAAAGACAAAAGUUCUUCACUUUUGAAUACAAUACAAUUCUAAUAGAUUC